CUAAUCGGCAACCUGCCAACACCUGCAAUUAUUGUUUGAGUUUGGAACGUUGGAUUCCUCACCAAUCAAUUCCAAUCCACUUGUGAAAAAGACAGCCCAAUAUUCAUUUAAUUUUUAUUUAUUUUUCAAAAAAAAUGUUGCCCUCUUCCUAUUCAACAAAUGUCCACCUUAAGAAUUCUGAAAUCAGAUUAACGAGUUGGUAGUUUGUUUUCCCACACAACCAUGGAUUUUGGCCACCAAAAUAUUCCCUCACUUGCAAUCUUUCUCUUCUUGUUCACAGUGUUUAGCAUAUUUUGGAGAUCAAAAACCAAGCCUUCAAAGUUGCCACCAGGACCCCCAAAACUGCCUCUUAUAGGAAACUUGCACCAGCUUGGUUCAAUGCCUCAUCAUGGCCUAGCAAAACUUUCACACCAAUAUGGUCCUCUCAUGCACAUAAAACUUGGUUCACUUUCCACCAUAGUGGUGUCUUCCCCUGAAAUGGCCAAGGAAGUGAUGAAGACACAUGACAUCAUUUUUGCAAAUAGGCCUUACCUUCUGGCUGUUGAUGUCAUAUCUUAUGGCACCAAGGGCAUUAGCUUUUCCCCUUAUGGAAGCUAUUGGAGGCAGAUGAGAAAGAUUUGCACCUUUGAGCUGCUAACUUCAAAGCGUGUUGAAUCAUUUCAAUCAAUUAGGGAAGAGGAGGCAUCAAACCUUGUUAAAGAGAUAGGUUUGAGUGAAGGGUCAUCCAUCAAUCUUAGUAAGAUGAUCAAUUCCUGUUCCUACGGCUUAACAUCACGUGUAGCCUUUGGAGGCAAAUCCAAAGAUCAAGAAGCUUUCAUAGCUGUUAUGAAAGAUGUGUUGAAAGUUGUUUCUGGUUUCUCCCUAGUUGACAUGUAUCCAAUUAGAGGGUUUGAAGUUUUGACAGGAUUCAGGUCCAAAGUAGAGAAGCUGCAUCAAGAAGUGGAUAGGAUUCUUGAGAAAAUUGUGAGAGAUCACAGGGAGACAAGUUCAGAAACUAAGGAAAACAUUGAAAAAACAGGUGAGGAUCUAGUUGAUGUCCUGCUAAAGCUUCAGAAACAGAACAACCUUGAGCAUCCUCUGUCUGACAACGUUAUCAAAGCAACCAUUUUGGAUAUCUUCAGUGCUGGAAGUGGUACAUCAGCUAAAACCUUAGAGUGGGCAAUGUCAGAACUUGUCAAAAACCCAAAAAUAAUGGAGAAAGCACAAGCUGAGGUAAGAAGGGUCUAUGGUGAAAAAGGGCAUGUAGAAGAAGCUAACCUCCAUGAUCUCAAGUACUUAAAGUCAGUGAUCAAAGAAACAUUGCGACUACACAUUCCUGUUCCAUUUUUACUACCAAGGGAAUGUAGUGAGAGAUGUGAAAUUAGUGGUUAUGAAAUACCAGCCAAGACUAAGGUUAUUAUUAAUGGUUGGGCUAUUGGAAGGGAUCCAAACUAUUGGGUUGAAGCUGAGAAGUUUUGUCCAGAAAGGUUCCUUGAUAGCUCAGUUGAUUACAAAGGUGCAGAUUUUCAGUUUAUUCCAUUUGGUGCUGGAAGGAGGAUGUGUCCAGGAAGUGCAUUUGGCACUGCUAAUGUUGAACUCUUUCUGGCAAAUUUGCUUUUCCAUUUUGAUUGGAAGAUGCUCAAUGGGGACAAGCCUGAAGAACUUGACAUGACUGAAUCAUUUGGCUUGUCUGUUAGAAGAAAACAUGAUUUGUACUUGAUUCCUAGCAUGUACUUAUCUGCUAACUAAAACCAAUAUCUAGGAACUCUUGUGUAUGCUCUCAUUCACUGGAUGUUACUAUUGUUGAGGUAAACCUGGAAGGAGGAAUCAAAAUAUCCGGAUCCUCUCAUGCUUGUUUUUGUCUCCA